UGACUCGCCUCGCUGAUAAACCUCCACACAACUCUCCAUCUCGACUCUUCACCAGCCCACUCUCUACCUAGCUGUCCCUCUAUUUCUAACCCCACCUCUCUUUUUCUUUCAGUGCACUACACAAUGACGUUCACAGCACCGCUCACCAUCUCCACCGCCAAACCAGCGCCGUUCCCACUGCCUGCAGCGCGAACAGCGUUGAUAAUCAUCGACAUGCAGCGCGACUUUGUGCUUCCCUCCGGCUACGGCGCGAUCCAAUGCCCCUCCGCCGAGGUCUUUGCGCAAGUCUCGGGCCUGAUCGGACCCUGUCUUGACGCGCUGCGGGCGUCGCGCAAGCUGGGUAUGACGGUCGUGCAUACGCGCGAGGGACACGUGCCUGAUCUGUCUGAUUGUCCGCCGACAAAGACGGAUCGUCAGCGGGGCGCGAAUACGCGGCAUUUCCUGACGAUCGGGGAGGAAGGGCCGAUGGGGCGAUUGCUGGUCAGGGGAGCGUACGGGCAUGAUAUCGUGGACGAGCUUAAGCCGAGGAAGGAUGAGGUCGUGCUCGAUAAGCCUGGAAAAGGAUCUUUCUUCAAUACGGAUUUGCAUGAGAUAUUGGUCGCGAGGGGGAUCACGCAUAUCUUGUUCGCCGGAGUCACCGCCGAAUGCUGCGUAGCCUCAACCUUCCGCGAAGCCAACGACCACGGCUUCGAAUGCUGCGUUCUCACCGACUGCACCGGUGGCUUCAACUCUGCAAUCGUGUCGGCAACAAUGGACAUGUUUUGCGCAUACGACGGUCUUCUCGGUUACGCAUCGACGUCUAAAGCCAUUGCCGCUGUCGCAGCCGACGCGCCCGCGGGCGCACUCGCUGUUUCCGAACCUGCUGUUGCGCAAGGGUCGAAGUUGUCGCUGCUCGAACUGCAUAAGAAAUAUCUCGCAGGUGAGACUGUCAGCUCGACGCUGGAGUCCCUUCCUACUCCCGCCUCGUCCGCAGCUCUGGAAUCUGCAGCUGCACUCGACAAGACAUCCGAAGUCGACAUCGACGGCGCGCGCGACCUCUCGCUUCUCUACGGCGUGCCGUUCGUCACCACCCCCGAGUUUUCUGAAUCCUCCGUCGUCGUCCAGCAAAUGCUCGACCAAGGCGCCGUCUUCCUCGGCUCCGUACCCUGCGCCGCCACCGCAGUUGCCUCCGGCGCUGCUACAUUCGGACUCUCGACAUCGUCGUCUCCGGCUGCUACCUCGCCCGCCUCCUUCACGGUUACUAAAAACUCUCUCUCGUCAGCAGGCGUGACCCUCCCGUCCCCUUCCUUCUCCACCUUCACAAUCCACGCGCCCUCUGUGCUCGACGCGCGCACACUCUGGAGCACCCUCGUCCGCCUGCAACCAACCGACUUCGCCGCCGCGGCCGCAAUCCAGCAUUUCCGCGAACGCCCGAUCGUCUACGUCGACUACCGCGGCUUCGAAACCGGCGGCCUGCGCUACGCCGUCUACGAAACCACCCCUCCCUCGCUUGCGUUUUUGGAAAAAGUCGAAAAGAUUUUCAGCAAGUCUCUGCCCGGCCGCAAAGUCGACUCAGAAUGCGUCUCGUCCUCGUUCGCGUCGGCAGCUAAACUCGCGAGCUGCGCCGAAUCCGUGCGUGCGCUCGAAUCCGCUCCCUCAUCGUCCGCAACCAUCUCCGCUCUCGACACAAUCAAAAACAUGCACGCGCUCGCGCUCGCGUCGUCGUUGUUCACGAAAGCGUUUGACAACGGGAUCGAGUCGCCUGACGUCCUCCUCGCGCCUUACUCGGACGAAACUUUUGUCGCUGUCGAAGCUGUUGGCGGGUGUGCGGCCGUGGUUGCUGGUGAUGUUGUGGUCGUUGGCGCGAAGGGACUUGAUGGACGGGUUCUUGAUAUUGCGGUGUUGGCUGAAAGUCGGCUGUGAUCAUCCAUCUCUUUUAGUCAGUUAUGAUGAUUUUAUGAUGUGAAGAAAAAAACGAGUAUUAUUGUUAUUAUUACUAUAUCAAGGUUACAGGACAAGUGCUUGAUGCUUAUUACUUUUAUCCUCAUCCUCAUCCUCAAAUCGGAAUCAACCAAAAACACGAAAAAACAUCAUCAUCAUCAGUCAAGUACUAGAAACAAC